CUGCCUGCAUAUUGCUUGCCAAAAACACACCAAAACUUAGCAUGCAGUACUUAUUGCUAUGAUUGUUUCUGAGCUGCAGGGAACAAAAGAGGAUAGCAAGUAGUUUUGGAGAUAAUGCUUUAUGCAAUACCAAGAUAUAGAACACAGCUUGUGACUAAACUAACUGUGAAACAGAAUUUUCCUGUGUUGGCUGCAUGAGAGUAACAAAGGAAAGCAAAGCUCAGGUAAUGGCAAAUGAUAAGAAUCACUGAGUAACAGACGACAAGAUGCCUGGAAACGUGAUGUCAGUAUCCUGCCAUAAGCACCAUUUCCUUUUGGUUGGCUUUCUUGGUUUCUGUCUUAACAGUUUUGUGAGAGGUCAGAAGAACAACACUCUGAUUUGCACCAAGGAAAAUACAAUUCGCAACUGCAGCUGUUCUGCUGAUAUCCAUGACUGUGACUACAACUUGGCAAACCUCAUGUGCAGUUGCAAAACCAUCUUGCCUUAUACAAUAGACAGAGCCAGCUACCACAGUGACCUAACAAUUUGGUUCACAGAUACGAACGUGCUUGGAAUGCUGUUGAACUUUACAGUGGUGCACUACCUGAAGCUUUCACUCUGUGGCUCCACUCCUCUACCAAGAGAAUACCUGGCCAUUUUGGGAUUGCGAAAGCUGCAAAUAAACAGUGUGGUUAUGGGCCAGUUUCUAGAGCAAAAUUUAACAAUCUACAAUAGUGGCGACAAUGAGAUGAGAGACAAACUGAAGGUGCUACACAAAGACAGGCAAAUGUUUUUGUAUAUUUCUGUCUUGGAUACAUCUCUUUUCAACAGGUAUUCUUUACUGAAGUCCUACAGUGUGGAAAAUGUCUCCAGCAUUACAGACCACUUUCCAAGUCUGCCAUAUUCUGAUAUAUUUUCAACUACUACUAACAAAAGCUACGUUGUAACAUUCAUUUACUGAGACAUGUUCAACAACUUCAGCAGUACAGUAAGGGGGCACGUUAACCUGUCAAUAGAACAAGAUAUGGAACUUUUGCAAGUCUGUUUUGUUUGACCCAGAAAGGAAAGUAAGUGUGGGUCAGUUCUUACUGCACUCAAAAUGACACUACUUACAAAGUGUGGGGUUCAAAAUAGUUUGAACACAGAGAAUUAAUUCUGUAACCGUUUCUUAGAGAACAGAGAAAAUGUAU